UUCGCUCUCUGUCUUCCUGCUCGCAACAGUUUCAGUGAAACUGCACAGUGCACUGCACGCUACGAAUUAUUAUUUAUUUUUUGAAUUUUAUUUUCAUAUAUUUGGUCAUGGAGGGAGAACUUUUUCUUUUUCUUUUUCGUUUUUUUUUCUUUAAAUUGUCGGUGUGAUGCUGUUCCUGCAGUUCCAAUUGUUGCUGUUUUUAGGAAUGAGAAACAUUUGGUUCAUUCUUUAACGCGUUGGAGAAUUUUACCAAGAUUAAUUGUGGUGGCGCUAAUGUUCGAUACCUGAUUUCGAUUAAUUGGGAUCUAAUUUGGGCGAUAAAGACGGUUAGGCAUAGUAAACAAUCAUUACGAAAGCUCACUUUUAUCUUUUGAAGAAUAGAAAUGAAAAUGCCCACUAACUUGCUUUACUCUCAAGUCUGAGCAGUGAGUGGAGUGCAGUGGAGAGAAAAGAAUAUUAUGUGGCUUUUGAUAGUUAUGGUGCACGGCUAUAGCAUGCGCACACCUCCACAUUAGCCAAGUGCGGUGGUUGGUUUCGUUAGAUCUCGGAAAUCGCCGUUACAUAAAUACCACUUCAUUUCCAUCACUCCACUCCAGCACACGCGUAAGCAGUGCCAUGCUGCUUCAAUGCGUUUCACCAAUUUAGUAAUUUCGUUCUAUCCACAUCCAAAACCUUACUUCAAUCCAAUCUGUUUUUACCACCCACAAUUACAUUUAUAUACGCACUACGCUACAAUGCAUAGUUAUUAAGUUGCAUCCCAAGUUUGCGAUGGAUCGACGCUGGCCUUGGAAGAAAAAAUCAUCGGAGAAGGCUGUGAUUGAGAAAGCAGCUACUGCAUUGGAUUCCUCCGAUGCUUCCAACAACCAGGAUAACAAGAAACCAAACUACGUCCAAAUCUCUGUGGAAUCCUACUCGCAUCUGUCUGGCUUGGAGGAUCAAGUGAAGACAUAUGAGGAAAAAGUUCAGGCACUGGAGGAUGAGAUCAAGGAAAUUAAUGAAAAGCUGUCCGCAGCAAACUCCGAGAUAAAUACCAAGGAAAGCAUGGUAAAGCAACAUGCUAAAGUUGCUGAAGAAGCUGUAUCAGGCUGGGAAAAGGCUGAAGCUGAGGCUUUGGCAUUGAAGAAUCAUCUAGAAUCUGUCACUCUUUUGAAACUCACUGCCGAGGAUCGUGCAACACAUUUAGAUGGCGCCCUUAAAGAGUGUAUGCGACAAAUCCGAAACCUUAAGGAAGAACAUGAGCUGAAAAUACAGGAAGUUGCUCUCUCAAAAACCAAGCAAUUAGACAAGAUUAAGGGGGAGCUCGAGGCAAAGAUAACGAAUUUUGAGCAGGAACUUCUUAGGUCUGCUGCUGAAAAUGGGGCCCUGUCAAGGUCAUUGCAGGAGCGCUCUAACAUGCUUAUCAAAUUAAGUGAAGAUAAGGCUCGUGCUGAGGCUGAAAUUGAGCUUCUUAAGGGCAACAUAGAAGCAUGUGAAAGGGAAAAUAAUUCACUUAAAUAUGAACUACAUGUUGUUUCCAAAGAGCUUGAAAUUCGCAAUGAAGAAAAAAACAUGAGUCUGAGGUCUGCUGAAGCUGCUAACAAGCAGCACAUGGAGGGUGUAAAAAAAAUUGCUAAGUUAGAGGCUGAGUGCCAAAGAUUACGUGGUCUCGUGAGGAAAAAGUUACCUGGUCCUGCUGCACUUGCACAGAUGAAACUAGAAGUUGAAAGCCUGGGCCGAGAUUUUGGAGAAAGUCGAUUAAGGAAGUCCCCUGUGAAGCCUGCUUCCCCUAAUUUGUCUCCAUUACCCGAUUUCUCUCUGGAGAAUGUGCAGAAAUUCCAGAAGGAUAAUGAAUUUCUUACAGAGCGUUUAUUGGCAAUGGAAGAAGAAACAAAGAUGCUGAAAGAAGCUUUGGCUAAACGUAACAGUGAAUUGCAGGCCUCAAGGAGUAUGUGCGCCAAAACACUGAGCAAACUUCAAAGUUUGGAAGCACAGUCUCACGAAAGCAUUUAUAAUCAAAAUGCAAGCAGUGCACCAAGCUUGGUCUCCAUGUCUGAAGAUGGAAAUGACGAUGCAGUAAGUUGUGCUGAAUCUUGGUCUACAGCAAUAGUUCCUGGGCAUUCCCAAUUUCCUAAAGAAAAGUGCACUGAGGAAUCAAGCAAAUCUGAGGUCUCUAAUAAGUUGGAACUAAUGGAUGACUUCCUGGAGGUGGAGAAGUUGGCUCGUUUGUCAAAUGAUUCCAAUGCAGACGCCACUGUUUCAGUUUCUUCAAACAAUAAGACAACUGACAAUGAUGUAUCAGAAGUCAGUAUUGGCAAAGAAGGUCCGUCUGAAAAAAUUGGCAAUUCAAAUCCAUUGCCAAAUAAAGUGUCUUCUGAUGCUUUGAUGUCAGCCCCCGAUCCUCAAUCUGAUGCUAGUGGCUUGAUGCUAGCAGAACUUAGAUCAAGAAUAUUACUGGUUUUUGAGUCCUUAUCCAAGGAUGCUGACAUAGGGAAGAUUGUGGAGGAUAUUAAACAUGUGCUUGACGAUUCGCUUGACAUUACUAUCCGCCACUCAGUGGAUGCGCAUCCUUCUGAUGCUACAUGUGAUAGGAAGGAUGACCCUGAAGAUGCUGGCUUAAACCUUGAGAAGGACAUCAUUUCAUCCCAGCAACUCAGAGAACAUGUGCGUGUAACUUCAGAUUUGGAAGCUGCAAUUUCUCAGAUUCACGAAUUUGUACUGCUCCUUGGCAAGGAAGCAAUGACAUUUCAUGACAUCACUUGUGACGGAAAUGAAAUGAGGCAAAAGAUUGAGGACUUCUCCGUCACAUUUGAUAAAACAUUAAGCAACAAUGCAAGCUUGCUACAGUUUGUUCUCGACCUGUCCUAUGUUCUAGAUAAAGCAAGUGAGUUCAGAUUUAAUGUUCUCGGCUACAAGGGCACAGAAGUUGAAAGUAACAGUCCUGAUUGCAUAGAUAAGAUUGCUUUGCCAGAAAAUAAAUUAGCACAAGACAAUUCAUCCGGAGAAAGAUAUCAAACUGGCUGCUCCCAUAUUCUUAGUUCGUCUUCUAAUCCUGAGGUUCCCGACGAUGGGAAUUUGGUCUCAGGUUUUAGAGUGGAUGCUGCAUCACAAAAACUGUCAAUGCAAAAGUUUGAAGAAUUGAAACUAGAGAAAGAAAAAAUAGUGACUGAUCUGUCAAAUUGUACUGAAACUCUUGAAAUAACCAAGUCUCAGUUGCUAGAGACUGAACAACAUCUAGCUGAAGUUAAAUCACAAUUGGCUUCUGCUAAAAACUCAAACAGCUUGGCUGAGACGCAGCUAAAGUGUAUGGCAGAAUCGUACAAGUCUCUUGAAACACGUGCCCAGGACAUGGAAACCGAGAUGAACCGUCUGCAAAUUAAGAUAGAAUCUCUGGAGAAUGAACUUCAAGAUGAAAGGAAGGCUCAUGAAGCUGCUUUGACUCGGAGCAAGGAUCUAGAAGAGCAGUUACAAAGGAUUGAGUACUCGUCAGCUGAUGAUGACCACAAGACUUCGCAUGAUAGAGAUUUGACAGCUGCUGCUGAAAAGCUAGCCGAGUGUCAGGAAACCAUACUUCUUCUGGGCAAGCAGUUAAAUGCUCUACGUCCACAAACUGAGCCAAUCGAUUCAUCGUACAGUAAGGUAAACCCAAAGGAUGAAGGAUUCACAGAAGAUGAACCCACCACCAAUGGGCCAAAAUUUCAAGAAUUAGGGCAGAUGGAGAUGGACCAUGCUACUUCAGCUUUUGUUCAAAGAUUGAGUUCGGAGUCUCCGUUACAUUUUUCCAACAGUUUAUUUAGCCCUUCGGACAGCGAAUCCACCCUUCCAGCCAGAUCCCCAGUACAGCAUUCUAAAUCAAAACCAAAACACAGACCCACCAAGUCAGCCUCUUCUUCAGUUUCUUCUGCCACUACACCCGAGAAGCAUGCACGGGGUUUUAGUAGAUUCUUUUCACCAAAAGGAAAAUCUGGUCAUUAAACUUUGCGCAGGUUCUAUUUGAAUUCAUAACGACUAAGCCACAUGGUGGUGACUUUUGCAAAGCACCAAGGUCCAAACCCUUCUUGUUUGACAGAAUUGAGUUUUGGGGAGGUUUGUGUAAUUAAUUAAGGAGGUGGUUUUUGUAUGUAUGGUUGUACCAUAAGUUUUCUUUCUUUGCUUUCCAUUGUUUUGCCCCCUCUGUUCUGUAAUUUAAUUAGCAAAGGACAAUCCUUGACAUAGUAUCUGAACUUUACAGGAUAUGUUGAAUAUGUUGUAUUUCACAAAUUUAUCCAUACCAUAAUUCUUUCACAAGCAA